AUGAAUGAGUUGCCACCUAAUAAUGAGACACUCGAGGUGACCUUUAAGACAGGCCACUUCAGCACUGGGUCAGAUAGAAACUUUGCGUUAUUAGAGGAUGUCUUCCGCAAAUUUCCACACAUAGCUGUAAACAUUGAAGUGAAAGAGAAUAACAGCAUGCUGAUUGAGAAGAUUUCUGAUCUUGUGAAGAAAUACAACAGAGAGGCCACCUCAGUUUGGGCUUCUGUUGACACCACCAUCAUGAAAAAUUGUCGCAAAACAAACUCCUCCAUGCCCUACAUGUUCACUGUAAAGCAGGGUUUAAAGCUGCUCCUGCUCUACUACACCGGUCUUCUGCCUUUUGUUCCCCUCGGAGAGAGUUUCCUGCAGUUCUACUUGCCACAAAUCAUAAACAGAGAAUACAUACCUGAAAUGUGGAUUAUGAGAAGCAGAUGGCUCGUCUUUUUAAUUCAAAGACUAACAUUGAGAAAAGGGAUGUUCAAGCACCUCAGAGACAGAGGAAUUCAGAUUCAUCUCUUUGUGUGUAAUAAGGAAGAGGAUAUUAAGACUGCAUUUGCUGCAGGAGCAACAGGAGUCAUGACUGAUUAUCCCACCCUGUUAUCAAACUAUAUUAGAAGACACACACAAGACACGUGAUCAAACACAAAUACACAAUGUACUUGACCCUGGUCCAGUCAAACACACACACACACACACACACACACACACUGUACAAAUGCUGUUUGCCUUUAAACAUACAGCCAAGUUUUAUAUCAAUCCCAUUAUUAGCUGAUCAGCACUGGCAUAGUGUUCACAUAAAACUUGGUUUAUGACAUUCUUCAUGGGACAUUUCGUGAGUAUGAAAACACAUGAGAUUAAAUAGAACUCAUAUAUUCUACAAGUGGACUGUCUUCUUUGCUCCGUUCAUUAUUAUCCCACCAUGUUCACAGCAUGUUUAUUGUGGUUUUCAGUCGGUCAGCGUCAGUUUAGCGCCUCCCUACCUAUGUUUGCAAACAAACAUUAUCCAACUUCUUUGAGGCCGUGCAAAGUCCAUCAGCUGUGCUCAGCAGGGGAUCAGUAGACAUCAAAGACUGAAUUACACGGUCCUUUUGAAAAUCUUCUUUAGAUACAAAAAUGCAUGAUCUUUCAGUGAACCAUUUGAUGUCACACAGAACCGCGGCGGCUUUGAUUACACAGUGAAGUAUUUUCAAAUCAUCUGCGUGACUUAAUUGUCAUGCAAACAACCAGAGGACCCAAAAUCGCCACUUCUAGAGAAGCGAUAAGAGACGAAGAUAACCAGAACACGAGGGCUUUGUUGUUUCUGCUCGCUGAAACGUUCGCGCAACUGUAAAGUUCAGGUGACUUCAAACGCACGG